GCAUAUGAAGACCAAAUCAAACAGUGGUUCAGAAAGUAUGGCCAGACUGGCCAAGUCACAGAGACCACCCAGUUUCCACUUUGUCCUGGUAGUGCCAUGAUAUGCUCAGGCAAAUGUUUCAAAUGCGGCACACAUGGACAUAGAUCUGUGGAAUGCCCAAUCCCAGAAAUGUCGCAACUCCCAAUCCAGGAGAGAAUCUGGAGGAGUUUAGCAGCAAGAGCGUUAGGUGGAUUUAAUCGUGCAAACGCUGUACAGAUCAAUGUAGUGUUCGAAGAGGAGUAUGAAUGGGACCAGGGAAAAGGACCAGGGUUGUCAGUGUAG